AUGCUAUUCAGAUCUGCAGCUUUUGCUUCAGUGGCCCUUCUGGCUCAGCAAGCGUAUGCUGCUUUCGGAAUUACUACUAGCUCCUCCGCCUAUGUUAUCGAUGCUGGUUCAGCCAACGCUCUCAAGUUUACUGUGAGUCGGACAAGCUGUGACAUUACGUCGAUCAACUACUAUGGCUCUGAGCUGCAGUACCAGUCUACUGGGUCUCACAUUGGAUCGGGUCUUGGUAGUGCAACUGUUACUGCGGAGACUAUUGGUGAUUAUAUCAAGGUGACAUGUUCGACCGACACCUUGAUCCACUACUAUGUUGUUCAUAGCGGAGAUUCUAUCAUCCACAUGGCAACAUACACUACCGCAGAGCCGGCAAUCGGAGAACUGCGGUAUAUCGCCCGUCUGAACGCGGAUCUGCUUCCGAACGAAGAGCCCUUCGGUGUCGUAUCCAACAUCGCAGAUGGUACUGCUAUCGAGGGAUCCGAUGUGUACCUGGUUGACGGCCAAACUCGAAGCAAGUUCUACUCCAGCCAGCGUUUCAUCGAUGAUAACAUACACUGUGUUUCUGGAAGCGCUCACCGCGUCUGCAUGAUCCUGAACCAAUACGAGACCUCUGCUGGAGGACCUUUCCAUCGUGACAUCAACACCAACAAUGUCGGCUCAUACACCGGUCUUUACUGGUACAUGAACUCCGGACACGUUCAAACCGAGAGCUACCGCCAGGGUCUGCACGGCCCCUACUCGAUGUACUUCAGUCGCAGUGGCACUCCCAGUUCCACCCUUGACACUUCCUUCUUCGCCGAUCUCAGCAUUCAGGGAUACGUUGCCACUUCUGGAAGAGGUUAUGUCAAGGGUACUGCUUCUGGUAGCUCCUCCUCUUUCGAAUCUGUCAUCCAUUGGUACAACUCCGCCGCCCAGUACUGGACCAAAGCUUCCUCAGGAAGCUUCACCUCUCCAGCCAUGAAGCCCGGCACUUACACCAUGGUCUACUACCAGGGCGAAUAUGUUGUCGCGACCUCGUCCGUUACAGUGACUGCUGGAUCAACGACCUCCAAGAGUAUCUCCGGCUCUGUCACGACAGGAACAACUAUCUUCAAGAUUGGAGAUUGGGAUGGACAACCAACCGGUUUCCUCAACGCCGCCAACCAACUCCGCAUGCAUCCCUCCGACACGCGCAUGUCUUCCUGGACUCCAGGUACUUACACAGUUGGCAGCUCAUCAGUCUCUUCAUUCCCAAUGGCUUUGUUCAAGUCUGUCAACUCGCCCUUGACUAUUAAGUUCACAGCGACGUCUUCGCAAACUGGUGCUGCGACACUGAGAAUUGGAACCACACUCGCUUUCGCAGGUGGUCGGCCUCAGGCUACAAUCAACAGCUACACAGGACCUAGCCCGGCGGCUCCGACUGACCUCAAUUCUCGUGGUGUCACUCGUGGCGCUUACCGGGGUUACGGUAAUGUGUAUGAUGUUUCCAUUCCCUCAGGCACUAUUGUUGCAGGAACGAACACUAUUACUAUCAGUGUCAUUUCGGGCAGCUCUGGAGAUACUUAUCUCAGCCCUAACUUUAUCUUCGAUUGUGUUGAGCUGUUCCAGUAA